ACAGUGCAUUGCCAGUUGGCUUCAGUCGAUCGUUGCAUUCGGUAUGGUUUCUCUUUUAAAUAAGUUACUGGUCAUAUGCUUAUCGCUUAUUCCUGCGGGAUAUGCUCAUAGGUCAAACACUGUUGUAGAUCGUGAUGUGAGAGUUAAUUUACGUGGUCAAGGUGUAGUGGUUGGUAAUUGGAAUACUACAAAAUGGACGAGCCAAGCUUAUAUGCAAUUCCGUGGCAUACCCUAUGCUGAGUCACCUAGUGGAGCACUGAGAUUUAAACCACCAGUGCCUCGAACACCGUGGUCGGAAGCUUUUGCAGCCACCGAAUAUGGCCGAAUUUGUCCGCAAUUGUUCACAUACAACCGUUUGCCGGCUGAUAAGCUACAGGGUGAUCUUGAAGAUUGUCUCACCUUAAACAUCUUUACCAAAAAUCUAAAAGCCAAACAACCAGUGAUGUUCUAUGUUCACGGCGGUAGCUUACAAGUUGGUUUUGCUUCAGAUUACCCAGCAGGUUAUUUGCUCGAGGAAGACAUUGUGCUAGUGGUGAUUCAAUAUCGUCUCGGUGUACUUGGUUUCUCCGGCACGCAAACACCCGAAAUGCCCGGUAACCUUGGCCUCAUGGACACAAUGCUGGCGCUGCAAUGGGUGCAGCAACACAUCUCUGCAUUCGGUGGUGACAAAUCGCAAGUUACCGUGUUUGGUGAGAGCUCAGGUGGGGAAUUGGGCGGCGCGUUGCUAGUGAGUCCCAAAACACCACCACAGACCUUCCAACGGCUCAUUAUACAAUCUGGAUCGGUUGUGGAUAAAUUUGCUGUAAAUCAGGAGCCACGCGCGCAAGUGGAACGCGUUUGCCGAUCAUUGAAGUGUGAACACUGUGAGCGAUUGAAUGAAGCUCAGCGAUGCUUGAAACGAGCGGCUGUGAUGGAUAUUUUGAAGGCGGCGGAAAGUGAACGGUAUGGCUUGAUUAUUGGCGAUAAUUAUGGCACGGUUCCACAGCAUCCAGCCCAGCUUAUUGAGGCCACCAAUAGAAGCGUGUCUCUGUUGACCGGUUUUACAAAGCAUGAUGGCUCGCUGGUGCUGGGAUGGUAUUAUGACGAGUUCAAAGUGGGGCAUGCAAAUAUGAACGCAGUUACCGUGGGAGAGUUCGCCACUGGUUUGAUGAAUUGGAUGAACGAUACAACCGGCUUAACCAACAAUGCAUUGACGCGAUUACUAUUCCCUGCGGAACUAUGGCACAGCGUUGAUCAUAAGCGCGCCUUGCCCGCGUACUUUGAUCUCGCUAACAUACUUUACUUCAAAUCGACCAUGAUUGGAUUCACAAACAAGCUAUUCAGCAAAGCAAACCUCGCUCCCAUUUAUUUCUAUACCUUUGACUAUGCUGGUGAGAAAACUAAUUUUGGAUUUGACUUGGGCAAUUCUCAGUACCCUUUCAAUGGUGGUGUACACCACACGGACGAAUUGCUUUACCUAUUCCCCACGAAAGAGCUAAAUGUUUUGGACACGGAGGUGUCGAAAAAGAUGGUGGCCUUGUGGGUAUCUUUUGCAAUCACUGGGGUGCCAAAAGUGGCUGAAGCGCCUGAAAUUUUGCCCAUGAAUUCGGUAAGAGGCCCAUAUUUCCAUAUAAAUAAGGAAAUUAAAAUGGAUGACGACUUAUUAAAGGAAUUUACCGCAACCGUAGACGAUCCGGACAAUAAGAAGCUAGAUCGCCCUAAUAAGAGCUUUUGAAAUGAAAAUAAAACUCGAAUAUGCUCUAUGUAAAAUCUUAUCUUUAAAAUCUGUUUUCUGUUUACAAAUACUCGCAACACUUACCAUUUUUUGUUAACUUAAAUAAAUCUUUUGCUUUAUUGUUUGCUUCAUUAAAAA